AUGGACCACGAGUUCGGCUCCUCCGCUCUCUUUGACGGCGCCGUUGAGGACCCUUGCAAGCUCGCCGAUGACGAUCUAGUCUCCUGCUUCGGCUGGGCAGUCGGCGAGGCGACGCCGUCUUCGUCGCCGGGCGUUGGCGCCCCCUUCGGUGGUGGUGGAGGCGUGCAGUGCCCGCCGGGGCCCCACGGGGCGCAGCGGAACGUGGACGAGGUCCAGGCACAGCUGAUGGCGGCGCAUCACCGGCAGCAGAAGAAGCAGUACGUGCGUGACCUCGAGGACAAGGUGAGCUUGCUCCAGGCGCAGCUCUGCCAGUCCUCGCGGCCGGCGGGUCGGCGGCAGCCUCCCGCGGCGGGCGGGGAGGCGGUGCUGCGGCAGGGGGGAGGGGUGAGGAGGCCGCAGGCGGCGGCGCCGCAGUGCGCAGGCGGCUGCGCGGUGCCGCCGCACUUUGAGGCGUCGGUGCCGCUGCCACUCUACGGGGGAGGAGGCGGCGCGUGCGGCGCGUGCGGCGCGUGCGGCGCGUGCGGCAUGCCACCGAGCUGCGGCGUCUGCGCGGGGCAGGUGGGCGGCCAGGCGGGUGCCGUGCCGGGCCUCUUGCAGCACGGGCAGAUGCCCGCACCGCGCCCGCCGCCGAUGCGGCAGCCGGCGGUGGAGGACGCGAUCGGCGACGGCGACCCGGCGCAGUUUGCCUUUUGGAGCAUCGACCGGCCGGAGCAGGCGGCGCCCAGGAGCGAGGCUGCGCCGGACGAGCCCGAGGCUCGCGUGCUGAGGGCACUCGCCGACGAGAUUGGUAUCUCGGCGCAGCAGCUCGGCUCGCUCUCGCGCCACCGCGCGGCGAUCCGCGCACAGCAGGCGGCGCUGCAGCGCUGCCACGCGCUGCUAGCAAGGGCCCGCGCGCAGGUCCACGAGCACGUCAGCGCCUCCGCCGCGAUCAUGCUCGAGUUGCGCCAGAUCCUGUCGCCGCUCCAGGCCUCGGGGCGGCUCCUCGUCGAGAUGCGGCGAGAUGCGGCGAGGUGA